AUGGACGGAAAUAAUAUUAUCGCUGUAAAAGAUGGCGAUCCGACGCGGCCAGGUGAAGUAGAUGCGCCAUCUGCUGUGGAUGUACCGAAACAACUUGAAGGACUUACUAAGAAAAAAAGGCGGCGCGGGAAAUCCAAACGUAAAAUUAUGAAACCUUUUUCGAAAAUUCCGUGGCAAGAUCGUCGUAAAAAUGAAAAAUCUAAAAGAAAUAACAGAUUCAGAAAGAUUGUGAUGGCAAAAACGCACGCUCCUUUUAAUAACAACCAAUUCUUAAUGGAAAUACAUAAACCAGAACCAGAAAAUUCCUUUCAUCUUUUACGAACACCGUCAGCAAGGACUCGCGAUUCAAGUUUUAGUGUUGACUCGGAAGAUAAUUACUUUUUUUCUUUACCCGAAGAUGAAGAGGAAUAUUUGACAAAAGAAUUCUCAAGUGUUUAUGAAGAUGCUCAAAGUGAACGAUUAUCGAAUAUGUCAAAGGAUGAUCUCGUCCAAGAAUAUCUUCUAUUGGAAGCGAAAUAUGAUAAUCUUGUGAAAAGAACUGAGCGUUCUAGAGCAAAGUUCCUGGAAGAGGACAAAGAUAUGACAGUGAACGAUAGAGAUACUUCAGUGACAGAUAGGGACAGUAUGUUAACCGACAGGGACACUUCAGGGACUUCUGUUGGGUCCAGUGUGGUGGAUGAUCAAUCAUUUAGUGACCUAAUGCUGCGUAUGAAGGAACAAGAAGAGCAAAUACGUUCCCUACAAAUAGACAAUGAGAAGUUGAGACUUGAAGUUGAACAUUUAAGACAACAUUCUCAAGAUACAUCAAGUGCAGACUCUGAAAGUGAUAGUUCAUCCUCAUCAGAUAGUGACAGCAGCUCCAGUGGGAGAGCAAGCCCAAUAGCUGAUCCAGUUGGUGAACAAAAUUUAGUUGAAGACAAUUUGAAUGGAAAUUGUGUUCAUGUUAAUGGCCAAAAUGAAGAGACUGAAGGUUCAGGGGCCUCAUACCCAAUGGUUAAUGGUUGUCAUGAUUCAAAUGAUUAA